GAAUCGCUAACCUCCCCCGGAAGUCGAGCGUUGCUGCUAGUCUGCAGUAACCCGAAUACGCGCUGCCAGCUCUCGCCUGCGGAAAGCCUCACGCUUUGCUGCCUUUCCAGCAUCGGGCUCGCCGUUUCCGCCGCCGGGACGACACAGCCGAGCGCCCCGGCCUGCGGGACCUUUGCAGCCACAGGCUCCUCCCCGCCCCCUCCGCGCUGCUCUCAGGCCGCGCCCUCAGGCCCAGUCCGCGGCGGCUCCGGCGGGUGAUGCCAAAUACAGCCAUGAAGAAAAAGGUGCUUUUGAUGGGGAAGAGCGGGUCGGGGAAGACCAGCAUGAGGUCCAUCAUUUUCGCGAAUUAUAUUGCCCGCGACACCCGGCGUCUGGGCGCCACCAUCGAUGUGGAGCACUCGCACGUCCGAUUCCUGGGCAACCUGGUGCUGAACCUGUGGGACUGUGGUGGUCAGGACACCUUCAUGGAAAAUUACUUCACCAGCCAGCGAGACAACAUCUUCCGUAACGUGGAGGUUUUGAUUUACGUCUUUGACGUGGAGAGCCGCGAGCUGGAGAAGGACAUGCAUUACUACCAGUCGUGUCUGGAGGCCAUCCUGCAGAAUUCGCCGGACGCCAAGAUCUUCUGCCUGGUGCACAAAAUGGAUCUGGUGCAGGAAGAUCAGCGCGACCUGAUUUUUAAAGAGCGAGAGGAAGACCUGAGGCGUUUGUCUCGGCCGCUGGAGUGCGCUUGCUUCCGAACAUCCAUCUGGGAUGAAACCCUCUACAAAGCCUGGUCCAGCAUCGUCUAUCAGCUGAUCCCCAACGUCCAGCAGCUGGAGAUGAACCUAAGGAACUUUGCCCAGAUUAUUGAGGCCGAUGAAGUGCUGCUGUUCGAGCGAGCUACAUUCUUGGUCAUUUCCCACUACCAGUGCAAAGAGCAGCGCGAUGUCCACCGGUUUGAGAAGAUCAGCAACAUCAUUAAGCAGUUCAAGCUGAGCUGCAGUAAAUUGGCCGCUUCUUUCCAGAGCAUGGAGGUUAGGAAUUCUAACUUCGCUGCUUUCAUCGACAUCUUCACCUCCAACACGUACGUGAUGGUGGUUAUGUCGGAUCCGUCCAUCCCCUCUGCAGCUACUCUGAUCAACAUCCGCAAUGCCAGGAAACACUUUGAAAAGCUGGAGAGAGUUGAUGGCCCUAAGCACAGCCUCCUGAUGCGCUGAACAUUGCCAGAUUUUUUUUUUUCCUCUGAAAAUCAAUUUGCUUUUCCUUUUUUGCAUCUUCUUUUUAAUAGAAUGCCCUUUGCUUAAAAGUGGGCUUUGAGGGGCCGGGUGGUGGCGCUCCUGGUUAAGCGCAUGUAGUACAAUGUGCAAGGACCCGGGUUCGAGCCCCCGGCCCCCACCUGCAGGGGGAAAGCUUUACGAGUGGUGAAGCAGGGCUGCAGGUGCCUGUCUCUCUCCCUAUCACCCCCCCCCUUGUUUUCUGGCUGUCUUUAUCCAACAAAUAAAGAUAAUCAUAAAUUUUUUUAAAAGUUAACUGUUUAAAAAAAAGUGGGCUUUGAAAAGCGUGCAACUUAAUCUUUACUUCUCUUCUUCCUAGUCUUUCAACCUUGAACGCUAUUUACUGAUACCCAAUUGAGCUUCCUGAUGGUGUUUCAGAAGUUAGUAUGGUGUUAACACUAAAGUAGGUGGUGUGUGUGUGUGUUCUGAUUGCUUGGCUGUGAUAAAAUGCAUCAAAGCCUUCACAGUAUCUCCCUGUAUUAACAAGACUGCAAAGAUGGAGUGUUACUAUUUUAUCAGCAAGGUAUUAAAAUCCGUUUAUAAAUUAUUCUUGGCUUCGAUCAUGAAUAAACAUUCACUAUUAGCUAUUUAAAAUGUCUUAUUUGAAAUCAUUUUAAAAGUGGUAAAUGUAAAU